AUGGAUAUCAUCCUCACUCUAGAAACAAUGACUCGAUUGAUUCUCCUGUUUUUAUCCGUCUAUCUCUUCCACCGCACGUACUCUCCACCAGUUGGUAACUUCAAGAUUCCUGCUCUUGGACCGUCGUUCUCUGAAAAGCGAGAAUGGCUUCUUCUAUGGCUCGCUAGAUAUGUUUACCCUUCAGUCAAGACAGCGUACAUGACUGUUACCUUCCUCGAAUGCCUAUUCAUCAUCGUUACCCACUAUUUCGAUAACCCCUCCCGCAUCUUCCUCGCUGAAUACCUUCCAUUCCCGAUAAAAACCCCUCAGCCGAGUCCUAGUUACGUAGCAACUUUCGGUCUGCUCACCGGUAUCACUGGCGGCCUUCUCCGAAUCUCAUCUUACAAAGCCCUAGGCGACGCUUUCACGUUCAACCUCACGCAAACGAGUCCGAAACUCAUAACGACAGGCCCUUAUUCCCUCGUACGGCACCCAUCCUACCUAGGAAUGUCGUUGACCUCAAUCGGGGUGUCAGUAUACCACCUGUCCCCUGGUUCAUGGCUCAGAGAGAGCAGUAUACUCCAGUCCAGUCUAUGGAAGAUUGCUGUGGGUUUAUGGAUUCUUAUGACGGUUUUUGCACCCAAUAUCAGUCUGGCGUUACGAGCUGACGAUGAAGAUCAGCUGAUGAAAAGAAUGUUCGGGAAGGAGUGGGAAGCGUGGAGGAAGGUUGUGCGGUACAAGAUUUAUCCUGGUUUGUAUUAA